GUAUCAAUCGCAAAUCUCGGUGUGUUACGGACAUUGUGGAUCUUCACAUUCUUGAGAUAGCAGAGAGAGCUAGCUAGAUUGAGUAAAGACACCGGCGAAUCGGUCAUCUCAAGUUGACAUAUCGCUUUCUUUUGUGAGGCGACGUGUCAUUGUUACUACUUUGGCGUCGUUUAGACAAUAAUAUUAUGCAACUGCUUAUGUAGCCUGCGUAGAUAUAGUAUUUAAAUACAUUUAGGACUAGCCUAACUGAAAGGAACUUGACAGUUUGCGUGCGUGCGUUCGCGUGCCUUGGUGUUGUUGUGUUGGGUUGGUGUCGUGCUAUACAUUAUUUAACGUUAGCUAGCUACCCAACUGAGGUUUAAUCGCACGUAAAUGAUAUCCCCUUUUGCAGCUUCAAGGUUUUAGAUCAAGCUGCAUGUUUGGAGAUAUGGAUAUCGACAUUUGUACCGUUUUAGGAUGCUCUCUUGCUGUUGUUCUGGGGGGACUUACACUUGCUGCUUAUAAACUUGGUCUGUUGUAUCAGCUCUUCCACAAGACGGAGACCAAGAGUCCUCGGCAUGGCGGGGAGAGCGUGGCGGAGGUGCUGCGCGCUCACGGCGUCAAGUUCGUCUUCACCCUGGUGGGGGGCCACAUAUCGCCCAUCCUGGUGGCGUGCGAGAAGCUGGGCAUCAGGAUCGUGGACACCAGGCACGAGGCCACGGCCGUGUUCGCCGCUGACGCCGUGGCGCGCUUGUCAGGUACCGUAGGCGUUGCCGCGGUGACGGCCGGCCCUGGCCUCACCAAUACGGUCACCGCGGUGAAGAACGCCCAGAUGGCCGAAUCACCGCUGCUGCUGAUCGGGGGGGCUGCAGGCACUAUGCUGCAGGGUAGAGGAGCAUUGCAGGACAUCGACCAGAUGUCGUUGUUCAAGCCUCUGUGCAAGUUCUGUGCGUCAGUGCGGACCAUCAGGGAGAUCGUGCCCAUCGUCAGGAAGGCCCUGGCCGUCGCACAGUCUGGCACUCCUGGCCCUGUGUUUGUGGAGUUCCCCAUCGACACACUCUACCCCUACCACCUGGUGUCCAAAGAGUUCGGCGUCAAGAACCCACCCAAAGGCCUCAUGGGAAAAAUCGUCACCUGGUACCUGCAGAAUCACCUCUCUAACCUGUUUGCUGGUGCCUGGGAAUCCCGUGAUGUGUCACCUUUACCUGUCCACAUCCCAUUGGCCACAGAUGACCAGGUUCAGAGAUGCGUAGAGCUGGUGAGCAGAGCCAAGAAGCCCGUCAUCCUCCUGGGUAGCCAGGCCACCCUCCCACCGACACCCGCAGAGGACAUCAGGAAGGCAUUGGAGACCUUGGGUAUCCCGUGCUUCCUGGGUGGAAUGUCCCGAGGCAUGCUGGGAAAAGACAGCCCCAUACACAUCAGACAGAACCGGCGUGACGCCCUGAAGGAGGCGGAUCUGGUGCUGCUAGCAGGCACAGUGUGUGAUUUCCGCCUCAGCUACGGCAGAGUGUUGAACCGGCGCAGUAAGAUCAUCGCCGUCAACCGAGACAAGAGCCAACUCCUGAAGAACUCCGACAUGUUCUGGAAGCCCACGGUGGCUAUUCAGGGAGAUGCAGGCUCUUUCCUAGAUCGUCUGUCCAAGGGCCUGAAGGGCUACAGGUGUCCCGAGGACUGGCCGCAGAGCCUGAAGCAGGGAGACGUCACCAAAGAGCAGAACAACAGGGCGAAGGCGGACGAGAAGACGGACCUGCACCUCAACCCUCUGGCCGUGCUGCACCGCGUGGACCAGCUCAUGGCGGACGACAGCAUCAUCGUGGCCGACGGCGGAGACUUCGUGGGCAGCGCCGCGUACAUCAUGAGGCCACGGGGCCCGCUGCGCUGGCUGGACCCAGGAGCUUUCGGGACUCUGGGCGUGGGUGGAGGAUUUGCUCUGGGAGCAAAGCUGUGCCGACCCGACUCAGAGGUGUGGAUUGUGUACGGUGACGGCUCCCUUGGAUACAGCGUUGCAGAAUAUGACACCUUCACUCGGCAUAAGACUCCUGUGAUCUCUGUGGUGGGAAACGACGCUUGCUGGAGUCAGAUAUCCAGGGAGCAGGUGCCCAUCCUGGGCAGUAAUGUGGCCUGUGGGCUGGCUUUCACAGACUAUCACACUGUUGCCACCGGCUUCGGAGGGAUCGGUCACCUGAUUGGGCGAGAGAACGAGGCGCAGCUGGAUGACAUCAUCAGGGAGGCGCAGCGUCAGAGCCGGGAGGGCCGGUCAACACUACUCAACGUCCUCAUUGGGAAGACCAACUUCAGAGAGGGCUCAAUCUCUGUGUAACGCUACUCCUGAAAACUCCACGAUACUCCUCCUGCCAGCCAAAGGAACUAAACAGUCAGAAUGUGCUUCUCUUCUGUCCUGCUGUGGGCCGGUGAGCCCUGAGUGAGCGUUAAGAGAAUCACUCCAGCUUAACCUCACUCAUGUGGCUGACCAGAGACCAGUGUGAUCGAAGGGGUACUGCAACAGUGAGGUGGUUGGAAUGAAAGUAAAUAUAUUAUUCUAGCUUAUUAGCGCCCCCUGGGGGCAAGGGAAUGGAAUGCUGUUGUAUGCCGUGCUCUGCUGCUUGACUCCAAUGUGCUGCACUGGUUCUGUAGAAAAGGGAAUGAUAUCAAUGGUUAUGUGUGGAACUCUAACUCUCCUCUCCUCCGGUUAGCAGUACUUCAGCCUAGCAUACUUUUUAAGUUCCUUGAAGGCCUUAUGAUUCAACUAUAUAUGUGUUGAUAUUGGGAAAUAAUUGAAUUGCACUUAAUUAUUGUUUUUUAUUAUUAUUAUUAUUAUUAUUGUUUUAUUUUAUUUGUGAGCAUCUAUUUGAAAUCAAUAGAGAUGUCUUUUUUUCCUUACAAAAUUAGAAAAAAAUUAACGACAAAAUGACAGGAUCGAAUUGACAGUUUCAAAUAUCAGGUCCAUCCUGAAAAACACAUGCUACAGAAUACUAACGUAACUGAGUACCAAGUCUGAAUGUAAAAUAUCAUUUUACAAGUCAGUAUCACCUGGGAGUUCUCUGUGAAAAACAAUUGUACUAAGCAGAGCACUCACGUAACAUCCGAUUUAAUGUUUAAGAGCACUUCAACCCUGAUCAAUCAACAGCUCAGUUACAUGACAGCCAAUCCUAUAAUCUUAUCUUUGUAUGAUUUCUAUAAAGAAUGGCUUUGUCGGAGCGUUCACCAUUAUGCCUGUAGUGGACGCAAAUCAGUCUGAAAGGCAGUGCUGAAUGGGACUGGAACAAUGAACAUGUUUGGUGUUGCAAUAAAGACAUGAACUGAUAA